CUCUCGCCUCGCUGCUCUGCUUUUGUUGUUUGUGGUGGAGUGGGGUGGGGUGGUGGGGUGGUGGUUUAGUGGUCGGCCUAUUGAGAGGCAGAGGGGCGUCCAGAGCAGGAGCUUCAUUACAGCCUGCAGGACUUUAACAGCAGGACGAGGUACGUCCUGUGGUCUGCAGGUGGAUCAUGGUACUGUCUGAAGGAAUGAUUGAGGACCACAGCAGCGACACCAUGGCAGACAAAAGACAGCUGUUUGCUGAAAUGCGUGCGCUGGAGUUGGAUUCCAUCAGGUUGUCCACUUACAGAGCAGCCUGCAAGCUGCGAUUUGUUCAGAAACGGUGUAAUUUGCACCUGGUGGAUAUAUGGAACGUUAUUGAAGCGUUCAGGGAGAACGGCCUCAACACAAUGGACCUCAACACUGAGUUCACUGUGGCUCGACUAGAAGCAAUACUAUCCACCAUCUUCCACCAGCUGAACAAGCGCAUGCCCACCACACACCAGAUCAACGUGGAGCAGUCCAUCCUGCUGCUGCUCAACUUCCUGCUGGCUGCGUACGACCCGGACGGUCAAGGCAAGGUUUCAGUGUUUGUGGUAAAGAUGGCUCUUGCUACGUUAUGUGGAGGGAAGAUUUUGGAUAAAUUGAGAUAUAUUUUCUCUCAGAUAGCGGACCCCGAUGGGAUAAUGGUUUACUCCCAGUUUGACCAGUUCCUGAAGGAGGUGCUGAAGCUGCCUGGUGUUGUUUUUGAAGGGCCGUCAUUCGGCUACACAGAGCACACCGCCAAAAUCUGCUUUUCACAACAUAAACAGGUAACCCUGAACAUUUUCCUGGACGCCUUCAUGUCUGAUCCUCCUGCACAGUGUCUGGUCUGGUUGCCGCUCAUGCACCGGCUCGCUAAUGUGGAGAAUGUCUUCCACCCUGUGGAGUGCUCCUACUGCCAGAGCCAAAGCAUGAUGGGAUUCCGCUACCGGUGCCAACAAUGUCAUAAUUACCAGCUCUGUCAGGAGUGCUUCUGGAGGGGCAAUGCCUCUGGAUCCCACAGUAACCAGCACCAGAUGAAGGAAUACACAUCCUGGAAAUCUCCUGCAAAAAAGUUGUCGAAUGCUCUGAGCAAAUCUCUGAGUUGUGCUUCCAGCCGUGAGCCGCUGCAUCCCCUGUUCUCUGAUACUCCUGAGAAACCUUUAAACCUUGCUCAUGUUGUGGACACUUGGCCUCCGAGGCCAGUUACCAACGGGAAUGAGUUCAUGUCGUGUUACUCCAUGCCUUCAACCAGCAACCCUUACUCCAGCAGAGCAGCUGCAAAUGAUAGUGUUAAACCCAGAAAACCCCUGGCCAGAGCAGCUCCAGACCUCCUGAAAGGGAAAGGGGUUCAGUACAGCAUUGAUAUUGCAGACAGACUCGCAGAUGAACACGUCCUGAUUGGUCUUUAUGCGAACCUCCUCCAAAAGAAGCGCUCAUGUUUAUUGGAGAACAGCAGUAAUAACCAGGAUGAUGAGCACUACCUCAUCGCUCGCUAUGCCUCCCGAUUGGCUGCAGACGAAGCAUCAGCGAAAUCCAGAGCUCCAAAAGCCAUGUCUCUUCCUCUAGACACAAACAAACAGCAGAGACUGCUUAUUGCUGAGCUGGAAAACAAGAACAGGGAGAUACUUCUAGAGAUUCAGAGAUUACGGCAGCAGCAUGUUGAAGCGUCUCAGCCAUCAACUGAUAAAGAGCAGCAGAACCCCACACUGUUGGCAGAGCUGAAACAGCUGAGACAGAGGAAAGAAGAGCUAGAGCAGAGGAUGUCUGCUCUACAGGAGAGUCGGAGAGAGCUGAUGGUGCAGCUGGAGCAGCUAAUGCUACUGCUAAAGGAACGAGAAUUAUUGGAAACGAAUCCGGGUGCCGGUUCCUCUCCUCGCUCGUCUCCGGGCCACACAGCGAGCAGCUCCGUCCCCACGCCUGUCCUGCUCACGUCCUGCAGGACCACGCCCAGCCACAGCCCUCAGGACUCUCUGAUGGGUCUGGGAGGAGACGUGCAGCAGGCCUUCGCUCAGAGCUCUAGACGGAACUUAAGGAAUGAUCUUCUGGUGGCUGCAGACUCCAUAACCAGCACGAUGUCCUCACUGGUUAAAGAGCUCCACUCAGAAGUGAGCUGUGAGAGUGACAGUAAUGCAGAUGCUGCAGAAGCUGAAUUCACACAGACGGAUGGAUUUACAUCAGUCCCUGCAAAAAAACACCCCAAAGCACGCAGGGCAGCGGCUGAUAAAGGUGAUGGAGAAGAGGACUAUGAGAAAGAUCUGGAGCAGCAGCUGCAGAGAGAGCUGAUGUUGGAAGAGCAAACACUGCCAGAGAAAUAUAUGGUAAAUUCCCAACAGCAGCCCUUUUAAUGAUAAUGAGGACCGAGCAGGACAGAAGCACCGCCCGGCAUCAACACCCGUCUGAAUCAAACCAGCACUAACUCCACUGCUGUAAAUAUAAAAUAUAAAAUAACUUUAUAGAAGCUAUGAGAUGAUUUAAGGAAAUACUGUGAACUGACUCAGAGAUGAAGAGCUGCUGUAACUAAAACACCACUAGUGCCAUAAACCCAGCCUUCCUGCAGGUUACCCUUAUUUUACAGUACGUUUAAUUUCUGUGCUUUUCUAAAGUACUGUAUUUUAAACAGUGGUGGGCGGAGCUUAACAAGCUGCUAUCUUUACAACCAGCCGACAUGACACUCCUCACACUACAGAUCCUGAUCUAAUCUGCCCGACGAAUCUUUAAGUUCCUUAAUAUGGGUAUGAUCAGUAGUUUGGUUUUUACACUGAAGCGUAAUGAGAGAUUUUGAUGUAGUUUGUGAUAUAUAUCCAUCCAUUUAUAUACAGCUCUAAAUAAAAAUAAGAGAUCACUUAAAAAUAAAGAGUUUCUCUGAUUUUAUCAAAUGUAAAACCUCUGGAAUAUAAUCAAGUGGAAGAUGGAUGAUCACAAACCAUCAAACCACCAAACUGAACUGCUUGAAUUUUUACACCAGGAGUAAAGCAGCAUAAAGUUAUCCAAAAGCAGUGUGUAAGACUGGUGGAGGAGAACAUGAUGCCAAGAUGCAUAAAAACUGUGAUUAAAAACCAACCAGGAUUAUUCCACCAAAUAUUGAUUAUUUCUGAACUCUUAACUUUAUGAAUAUGAACUUGUUUUCUUUGCAUUAUUUGAGGUCUGAAAGCUCUGCAUCUUUUUUGUUAUUUCAGCCAUUUCUCAUUUUCUGUAAAUAAAUGCUCUAAAUGAGAAUAUUUUUAUUUGGAAUUUGGGAGAAAUGUUGUCUGUAGUUUAUAGAAUAAAACAACAAUGUUCAUUUUACUCAAACAUAAACCUAUAAAUAGCAAAAUCAGAGAAACUAAUUCAGAAACUGAAGUGAUCUCUUCAUUUUUUUUCUAGAGCUGUAUAUAUUUCCAAAUGACUCGACUGCCUUAGCUUAUCAGAUUGUUUGUGCAAAUAAUACAUAUAUUUUAGGUUUUAAAAAAAGAAAAAAAAAAUAACAGUGCAAAAUUAUAUUGUGAAGUUUACAUAUACUUUAAAUUGUCGAAAGCUUGUGAUUUACUAUGAAACAAAUGUAAUAUAACACUGGAAGGUUAAUCAUUGUAUGUACACUAAUAGCGUGUACAGUUUAUUCUCCGUUACACCCAUAUAAUCCAUUGAUUGCACUAGUGCAGUGGUUGUUUGGUUAGCUGUUUAAUUCAGCUAUUUAAAAAUCUGAUUUGCAUUAUCAAAUAAGUUGCUGUGAGUUAAAAUGAGCUUAUUGUGAAGGAAUGUGUUAUUGCUAAAUGAAUGAAUUUACUGAUAGUCUGUUUUCUGUCAUGGUGCUCAGGGGAGGGAUUUAUUCACCCAAUGCUGUCAGAAUAAUCUUUAGAAAGAGAAUAGCACUGUUAUUUAAUAAAAUAAUAAAUAGUAUAAAUAAAGUUGUCUAAGUUCUUGAACCAGUUUUAUUGCCACUGAAACAUUUUAACUUUCUCUUAUUUUUUCACCACAUUAAAUAAGUGUAAUAUUGUAUAUGUUGCUCUCUGGAAUUGGUUUGUUAUAUUUUGCAUGCUGCAAACAAAGCAAGAAUAAAGAAAUUGCAAUGAAGUCCAAGCUUCAUUGUAUUAAUUUAUUCAGUUAUCAAGUAUACCCACCUUUCUAAUAAUCGCGGACAACUUUGUCUAUGGCGUAUACUCUGUUCCACGCAGAAGUUCCAAUUACCUGGUCUUAUUGGUCUGUAUUUAAUUAAAUACAAUAUAUAUACAUACACAUAUAUAGUACAUAUACACACACAGCAGUUUAUAAUAAAGAACCUACUAAUGCUA